GCGCCGCGGGGAGCGCAGGGGCCGCGGGACGGCACCAUGCGGAGCUUGCGCGGCGCUCCGCCGGCUCCCGUGCUGCUGCUGCUGGCGGUGCUGCUCGCCGCGGGACACGGCGCCGUCAUCACCGGGGCCUGUGACCGGGACCAUCAGUGCGGAGGAGGGAUGUGCUGUGCGGUUAGCCUCUGGAUCCGCAGCCUGCGAAUGUGCACACCGAUGGGAAAUCUGGGAGAUGAGUGCCACCCUUUGAGUCACCGAGUUCCCUUCUCCGGGCGGCGGAUGCAUCAUACCUGCCCAUGCCUGCCCAGCCUGGCCUGCAUACGGACUUCUCCCACCAAAUUCAAAUGUUUACCAGACUUCAGAAAAGAAGACGUGUUUUUUUAGCAGGAGCUUUUCUGCACUAGAAAGAGCCUCUCGAUGUAUUUGUUUUCUUGUUGUUGUGACAAACAAGGUACUUGCCAGGGGAAACCCUUUACCAUACUUUCCUGCCUCACCAACAUUAAAACUGAAGAUGAGAUGCUGUGCUGUAGCAGCCAAGGUUUUCAGGAGGGACUUGCAGUGGUGGAUGCUUUCAUUUUGGGGUGAGCAAAAUGACAUCUCCUAAAGCAGUGCUGCUUUCUGAGGGCAGGAACUUUGCAAUAUCUGAACCAUUUGUGCUCUUCACAGUUCCAGCUUAUCCCCAGAACGAAAACAUCCAAGAUUAUUGUCAGUUUUGGAAAACUUUGGCCAUGUUUUUACACUUUGGAAUGUCUGAAUCGAACUGAGAGUUGAAUAAUUGCAUAGUGUGAAGCAUAUGACAACUGCCAAAAACCUGUAUUUAUGUUACAUUUCGUAUUUUAUUAAAAUAAAUGUAUUUUAAGUUAAGCACAUCUCUAGGGUAAAAGUUAUACCAAUAGAUGUAGGUUUUACACUUUUAAAAAGUGGACAGUGGAACCAAAGCAUUUCAAUAUUCAAAGCAUUAAAAGAUUUUGUUAUUUUCGUAUUCUAAGAUGAGAAGCUGUUGUUACUUGAGUUGGUGUAAAGCUACCUGAUCAUCUCAAACUAUGUAUUAAGAUGUAGUUUAUAUUAAAAAAGGAACCCUGAAGUUUAUUGUAACAGGCUGCCUGACUUCUUGUAUAAGUAUCAAAUUUGCUGUGUAAAAAUUCUGUAUCAGAAUAAUGGCAGUAUAUGAUUUGAUUUAUUUUAAUAUUACAGCAUUAUUUUGUCA